AUGGCUCACGAAGGCUCGAGGCAGGAGAGGCAGGCCAGAGACCGAGGGGUGACCCGAUCCAAAGCAGAGAAGGCGAGGCCGCCUACGGUCCCGGUGCCGCAGGUGGACAUUGUGCCUGGGCGACUCAACGAGGCGGAGUGGAUGGCACUCAUGGCUCUUGAGGAGGGCGAAGAUGUGGUGGUGGACAUCUUGGACGAGUUGUUGACUCGAGUCAUGGACUCUGCCUUUAAAGUCUACCUGACACGGCAGUGCAUUCCGUUCACAAUCAACCAGGCUAGGGAGGCCAUGCUGCAGAUCAUCGAGUGGCGCUUCUUGAGCCGGGACGAGGGAGAAUUUGCAGUGGCCGAGGACCCUACGUGGGCUGAGGACGAGGAGCCCUCUGCGUGCAUGACCGACGCCUGGGCCCAAGGAUCCGUGCCGGUGCUGCACGCACCGACCUCGCGGCGACUGGAGGAGACUUCCCAAAGCGAAGACCAAGGGAGCGUAGACCACCUCUCUUUAGCAAGAUCGUGGAUGGGUAGAGACUCAUCAGAGAGUUUCCCCAAGCUGACAAUCGAUCCGGGCCCUCCACCCACCCCGGAGCUGUUUCAGGAGGCAGAGCCCGGAGGUUCUUUAGAAGAACCGGACGUACUAGCCAAAGAUCUCCAGCCCUCCGACACGUCUUUGAUCGCGACGCUCCCACAGUCCGCGGAGCCGACUCCCGCUGGCAGUCCCCAGCCUUCUCGGGACCUGUCCCACCCAGCCAGCCCCCAGACCUCCGCCACGAGGGCACAGCCCCGCAGUUCCCAGUUCUCACUCAAGGACCUGUAUUUUUGCGCACCCGGGACAGACGCCACUGAGGACCUGCAAGAGCCCAAGAAGGAGCAGGUGCUGGGUGUUGCCUCCCGCGUGUCAGCGUCCUGCCCGUCUGCGGGCAGCCCCAUAGCCCUGAGCCCCGGGGGGUCCUUCUCGCAGCCUUGGCCGCCGAGCGCCGACCAGCCCCGGCGCGGGCUUCACAGAGUGGGUCGCAAAGCGGCCUUGGCGCGCCUGGACCCCGCGCGGCUGCCGCGCCACUGGGUGCGCCCACUGUCUGAGAUUCUGGUUCCAGAUUCCGAGGUGCGCGCUCUGGAAGCUUCCCGCGGGCGCCAGCGGAGCGGGAGGGCCGAAACCCCCGCUGAGCCUCAAACUCUAGUCUCCAGCGCCCGCACAUCCCCCAAAGUUUUCUCCCAGGUCCCGCCCCGCGUUCCUUUCUGUACCUUAGACCGCGGUCCAAAACGCCAGUUGUCCACUUCAAGCUUAGGUCUACCGUCACCAGGUUUCGGGUCCAAAUUCCCCUUCCCCAGCCCCGGGCUCCGCUUUCUUGCCACACACCCAGUGCUCUCUGACAGGGUUCGAAGCUCCAGCCCCAAACUGUGGCCAGGUGCCGAGUGGCCUAGUGGCUUGGAGGGGGAGGCUGAGUUGCUGGGUGAGCUGUGGGCAGGCCGCACCCACAUACCUCAGCAGGGCCUGGACUCCGGACACCAGGAGGACCAGAAUCCUCACAGGUGGCCUCAUCCUGCACCUCCAAUGCUCGAGGCCACGUCUCAGGUGAUGUGGAAGCCCCUGCUGCUGCCAGAAUCAAUGAAGCUAGCUCCUGGUGUGAGCUUGUGGGACCCGACCACUAAUGUACUGCUCAACUCUGCUGAACCCCAGCAUGAGGGCAAAGAGGGCAGUGCCCCUGAUCCCAGUGAGCAGCACCCCAUCCAGACAGUUGCCCCAAAGCCCCAGGUGACCGUGGAACAGAUAAUGAGGGACUCAACCCCCAGAGUGUGGUCACUGCCCCCCAAGCACCUGCCCCAUUCUGAGCCUUGAACGUCAGGCCAUGGGGACCCCACCUUCCUUCUGCCUUGCUAGAAAUAAACUGAGUUGCCUUAAGAAGUGGCUUGAUGUCUCUUGUCAGU